GUGUCUGGUGUGUGUGUGCGCGCCUGCGCGGGCCUACAGUUCCUGUGUUCUGUGGUUGGGGAGGGAGGCGUGUGAUGGAGAGGUCGGUGGCUGGCCGAGAGUUUCCCAAUGUAACUGCCCCGCUUCACUGUGUGCGCCCUGUGUUUCUAAACUACCCGUACAGGCCGAGGAGGUUCUCUUGAGGUGAACAUGUGUGGAAUAGUUUCAGCAGAGUUGCCACAUCUCACCGCGCGCAACUUUGGACAGACCCUGGCCUCCGAUGACGUGUUGGCUCACUUCUUCAACGAUUUCUUGAGUCUACCGUCUUUCCCCGAGGCUUUGCUGUACAACCGUGAGACGGGGCUGUUUGAGGUGGCGAGCGGAGAAGCCGAGUGCGUCUCCAGGAGAAUCGAAACCGUUCUGCGCCGCAGCAAAUCACAACUGCUCAGCGGCGACCACUCGGUGCUGAGCGGAACUCCUCCCGUGGACAACCGCUACACCGUCUGGUGUCUGGACAGGAAACAAGGAAUUCAGUGGAUCAUGGAGAAACGACUGCCGCUUUUCCUCAAGAGCGACUGUUACAUUGAAUACAGACUGGCCAAGUCGUUGUGCGAGUUGGACCCAAACGUCUGCAUCCAGAGGAGGAGAAGUAGCUCAGGUCGAAGCGCCCCGCCGCCGCCGCCACCACCGCCACCACCGCCACCACCGCGCUCUUCCUCCCGGUCGAGCAAAGAGAACAAGAAUGCACCGAAGGUCCCAACAUGCCCACGUGCUCAAGAGAGCUUCUCAUCAGACCCAGGGUCUAUGACAAAGUACAACUGGACACGCUCCGCUGGCCAGAAGGAACUUGUCAAUACAAAAUGCCGGGAACCAGCAGCCAGGUUUCUCUCCGGCAGGUCGGAGCCAGAGGACCCGUGCACACUUCCCUCUUUGUCCUCCCCGUGUUCCUCGUCCCCUAGUCUUCAGUGUGAUGGAGCGCAGGCACAACAGGGCCCACAAACAGAGCCGCACCUCUGCUCGGAGGAGUCUUCUGAAGUGCAGCUGGAGCGCGCGGCUGCCAGAGCGGUCAAACAAGCGCUGAACAAUGCCCUGCACAUAGUGGCUGAGCGGCACCGGGGCAACAUCGCUGGCUGUUUCAACAAGUCCGGGGAGCAGACACACUGUGCCAGCGAGGGGAAAUCGUGCGAAUGUAACGUUUGCCAACGUUGGGCUGGCGGAGGCAGAGACGGAGUGGAGGGCGGGGGCGAGAGGGGUCAAGAGGGCAGGAGGGGGAGUGCAGCGGAGGAGAGGCCCGAAUGGGACGAGGAGAACGGGGAGGCGGGGAGUUGGGGCGCGCAGCGAGAAAAUGCCAGCGAUAAUUGCUGCCAUGACACCUGUUGCUGGGACAACAGACCAGGCCUGGAUGAAUUCAGGGAGUUUCUGCGAGGAACGCCGGGCGAGAAGCUGAUCAAUCUCUGGAUGGACAUAGAAAAACUGAAAGCUUUACAGCGGAGCGAGCGGAAGAACAGGUACUUGGCCCUGAUGAGGAGCCGCUACCUGCUGGGCAACAGUCAGAGCAGCCUGAACACUGUGCUGCUGUCCAGACUGGGCCUGAGCUGCUCCCCCUGCUGGACAGAAGACAAACUGUGCUCGGCUCAGCCCUGUCUGACAGACGCUCUGCUCAACUACUGGGCUCCGAGGUUCUGGAAGUCUCAGUGUGUUCAGGAGGAGCAUGAGGUCAGCCCUGGUGGGGGCCUGUGGACCGAGUGGUGGAGCAGCCCUUUCCUGGGCAGACAGCCUCACUGGGACCCUCCCCUCCUCCCCGACAACUGCCGGUCCUCCAUCCCUGCACAUUCUCAGUUAUACUGCAGCAGAAGUCAGUUACUGGGAAGCAGAAGAGUGGAAGAGAUGUUGCAGGCUCUCCAUGUCGACUCUCACGCCGGCUUGUACUUCACACACUUCUGUGUACAAUCUGGAAACCAGCUGUGGGAGAACACAGUUUACUUCUGGACCGACCUGCAGCACUACCACGAGCUGUUCUACCAGGACGGGCUGGACACCUACCGGGUCCAGAGGGAGGCACAGCUCCUGUACUCCACCUACCUGUCCACCUCUGCCCGGAGGAGCGUCGGCGUGGACGAGGAGAUCCGAAGGAAAGUGUACGAGCGACUGAUGCCGGCCUUCGAGGAGCUGCUGGACGAGGUCGAGGAGCACACGCUCGACAUCCUGCUGCAGCCGUGGAUGCUGCUGCACAGCAGGGACAAAGACUCCUUCCAGAAGUGUGUGUGUGUGUGUGUGUGUGUGUGUGCGUGUGUGUGCGUGCGUGCGUGUGCGCAGGUGCGUGUGCAGGAGGAGGUGCACAGCGUUGACAGUGAGGAGUACAGGGAACUGCAGAGCAUGUACGGGGAAUCGGAGCGCCGGCAGAAAGAGAUGCAGCGGCCCAGGUCCGCGCCACCCCUUGCCCCCCCCUUCUCAAAGGGCCCCCAAGUGCCCGACGCUUGGGCCAACGUGUCUCCAAGUUACCAAGGUUACCGUCUGGGCUCCUUACUCCGCCAGCCCCCCGAGGUCGGGCACUUCAUGUCUUUCCUCCAGGAGAAGGACUCCAGUAUCCAUCUGGCGUGUUGGCUGGACCUGGAGCAGUACAAGAGGACUCCUCAGAAGGACCGGGCUGUCAAACACGAGAGGACCUCUCACCUUUGGACCAAAUACCUCAACAGGAAGUACUUCUUUGGCUACCAAAGCCCCGCCACGAUGGAACAACAGAAUAAUAUAUUGCAUCUGACGGGCGGAUUGGGGAUGAAGAUCUCAAACCUGGUCGUCGUGGAGAUCCAGGAGAUCGUCAGGAAUCACAUUGAGGAGAAGUGGCUCCCUCGGUUUCUGUCCACAGCAGAGUUCACCGAGCGCCAGAGAAAGAAAGCACAGCCCCGAGCAGCAGACCCACCGGUCGUCCAGCAACGAAGCAGAACCAGGAGAAAAAACUGGAAGGCCGACCACUUGUGGAUGAGUUCGUCCAAAGAGAUUCUCCUGUUUCGACAGAUCUUACUCAACCCAGUCACUUGUAUGCAAUUCCAGCACUUUGUCUCCCCGAGGGGAGACUUACUGGAGAAGGACUUGCUCUUCUGGCUGGAGGUCCAGAAGUAUAAGUUCCACCUUGUCCGUUCCUCACGCCUCCUCUCCUCCUGUGCGAAGGACCUGUGCCACUCGCACAGCGAUGAGGCCACGAUCCAGCAGAAGAUCAGCACCAUCAUCGACUGCUUCAUCAACUCGUCCAUGCCGCCCACCCUGCAGAUAGACGUCCCCCCUGAACAGGCCCGGCGCAUCCUGGAGGAGCGCCACGAGCUCGGCCCCUACAUUUUCAGAGAAGCACAGAUGUCCGUGUUCGGGGAACUGUUCAAGUUUUGGGCCGAAUUUCAAGAGCUGAGCGGCAGCGUGCAGGAGGAGCAGCUCCUUCCUCUGCUGCAGGAGAAACGGGUCAAACACAGGGCCAGAGUGCGGAGACGCAGGCGGCAGGAGGAAGAGGAGGACGAAAGGAGAGUCCAGGAAGAGUGGGGGACCGAAGAAUACGGAUCAAGAGAAGAAGAGGAGACGGACAGCGGCACGAACGACGACGAGGAACGAGAGCGAAGAAGUGGAAGCGGGGAGUGGAGGAAUCCCUCGCAGCCGCUGUCGUGGUCGUACUCCAAGUACAUGACAGCUCUGAAGAGAGAGGAGGUGCUGCUGAGGAAGAGUCUUCAGCUGGAGCAUUCCAUCACCACGGCCUCAGAAUCGUCCUCUUGCUGCUUCAAGUCCGGGGACAGUCUUCGCAGCCACGGGCCGUCCCACCGCUCCUCCAGAUCAGACAGUAAACUGUGUUAUAGCAGAUAUAACCAACGGUGACGACGCAACGCGACAUUCUGCCUCCAAAGACAAUGCGUCGCUCGCGUCGUGUCCUCGGCAGGUGAGAGGCUGCGACACCCAACGGACUCUGAUCGGAGCACGGAGAGGGAGACCCGAUCUGCUGCUGAUACCAGGGACCAAGUCGGGUUCACACAUGAUGUAAGAAUCGUUUCAAAAGUUUAACAAACUUCUGUUUCACUGCUCGUGUGUGAAAACUAACACGACGUCUGGACGGAAAACGUAGGUAAAGAGUGUAUUUAGUGUUUAGGGUUCUUUUUCUGACACAAUCACAAUCAGCACUAUUUUAAUUUUACAUUUUUUAUUAAAACAUUUUCUAUAUUAAUAAUCCAUUUAUAUAUAUAUAUAUAUAUAUAUACACUGAUAUUGAAGGCAAUAGAGUUAAUUUACAUAGAACUCAGUAGUGCAUCGAUAACAUGUUGGCAUCAGUGUAAGGUUACAAAGAAAACUAUAUUUUAGUCAAACAAGAAUGUUACAUCAUUUAUAAAAAAAACAUUUUGGUUGGCAGCUAGUUUUUCUUUAGCGUCAUCAACAUGUAUAUAAUAUUGCACUUAUGAGGACGUAAACACCAAGAGCUUCUUCUGCCGAGUGAAACGUUGCAGAUAGUUUUGGCAGAAAUGAAAAUGGAUCUGCGACACUGAAGAGGUUCCACACUGACGGACUGGAGUCUUGUUUUAAUUUGACACGAUUCUUAUUUGUUUUAAAGUUCAGUUAAUAAAAAAUUCCUGGCGUGAAGGAAUGAAUCUUAA